AUUCAAUUUUUCCGUAGUAAUCUAUGCGAAGUUAUUCAAUCAUCUAAUGGCUGCUUGGUUUGUUCUAUUGCAGAUUGGUGUUGUGAAAAAAUCAGCAAACUAUUCUCUGAGCAAUGUUGAGAAAUGGAUGGCCCCGAAGAAGGGUCAAAUACCAUUACUUUUCUUCCCAUCGAGAGGAGAAGUGUUGCCAGAACCACUUGGUGUAGUACUUAUUUUGGUGCCUUGGAACUUCCCUAUCUGUGAGUCCAAUUAUUUACUGGCAGUUUGUUGUGCACUGGCAUUGGAUCCAGUGAUUGGAGCAAUAUCUGCCGGAAACACAAUUGUCCUAAAACCGUCAGAGCUAGCCCCAGCAUGUUCUGCUUUUCUUGCUCGCACCAUCCCUCUUUACCUGGACCACACAGCCAUCAAAGUCAUUGAAGGCGGAACGGACAUCGCCGAACAACUGCUGCAGCAGAGAUGGGACAAGAUAUUUUUCACAGGGAGUCCACGAGUUGGACGGAUUGUAAUGUCUGAAGCUGCAAAGCAUUUAACACCAGUUACUCUAGAGCUGGGCGGAAAAUGCCCUGCCAUUCUCGACUCCCUCUCUGACCCUUCAGAUAUCAAGGUGGCUGCCAAGAGAAUAGCUGGAGGGAAGUGGGGGCCGUGCAGUGGACAAGCUUGUAUAGCAGUAGAUUAUGUGCUUGUGGAACACGAGUUUGCAUCUAUUCUGAUUGAAUCCCUGAAGAAUACUAUCAGUAGAUUUUACGGCGGAAGCCUGGAAAACUUGAAGAACCUCUCGAGAAUUGUGAACAAGCACCACUUUGAUAGACUACGCAACAUUCUUAAAGACCCUAUCGUUGCAGCCUCCAUUGUUUAUGGUGGUUCACUAGAUGAAAAGAACUUGAUCAUCGAGCCAACAAUCUUGUUAAAUCCUCCGCUGGAUGCUGAGAUCAUGACUGAAGAAAUAUUCGGCCCAUUGCUUCCAAUUAUCACAUUGACUAAUAUUCAACAAAGCAUCGAGUUCAUAAAUUCAAAGCCAAAGCCUCUUGCCUUGUAUGCAUUCACCAAAAACGAGACAUUCAAGAAGCAGAUUUUAACAGAAACAUCAUCAGGGAGCGUGACUUUCAAUGACGUCAUGCCUCAAUUUUUAUGUGACACAUUACCAUUUGGAGGCGUUGGGCAGAGUGGGUUUGGGAGGUACCAUGGGAAGUACUCAUUUGACACGUUUAGUCACGAAAAGGCAGUUCUGCAUAGAAGCUACUUCCUUGAACUGGAGCCGAGGUAUCCGCCAUGGAAUGACUUCAAGAUGGAGUUCAUCAGAUUGGCUUACAAAUUUGAUUACUUGGGACUUCUCCUACUCUUGUUGGGCUUCCAGCUGAGAAGAACAUUCACAUCAAACCACUUGGACUAAAAAGAACAGCAACAGAAUAUGCAGUUUGUCUCUGUGCCAAACAUGUUUUUUGGGUACUAAACUACAAGGCCUGUCUAUCCAGGAUAAUACUGUGGGUCACAUGCUUAGAUUUCUAUCUAAAAAUAAUAUUUGCUAAAAACCAUUAGAUAGUUUAAAUAUCACACAUAUUGCUAUACAACAGAUUGCCCCUGCCUGGGUGAUUGGGGUGUUGAUCCGCCUCCUCACCGGUGCCUCCUCACCGGUGGAUAUAUUGUCUGGUAAUGUAUGCUAAUAAUCCAUGUACUAUUUAGUGCAUUUGGUUUGAGUUUUC